UUGUCCCCAGCUUGGCGCGGCUCUUUCUGAUUGGACAAGCCAUCGUUCUGGGUGUAAAGGAGGCAAGAACGGCGCUCGCCCGAAAUCAGUUUGAGCGGUUCUGAUCGGAGAAAGGAGUGGUGGUUGGGAUCAGCAUUAUGAACUCCCCGUGGAUGCCAGGAGUACAGCCGGGGUCUCCUUGCAAGGCCCGCGGUCAGAUACAGGUUAUCUUUGGACCCAUGUUCUCUGGGAAAAGCACUGAACUCAUGCGCCGGGUCCGUCGUUUCCAAAUUGCACAGUACAAAUGUCUGCUGAUCAAGUAUGCCAAGGAUACACGCUACUGUACCAAUGGGAUCUCCACACAUGACAGGAACACCAUGGAGGCCCUGUCAGCUUGUAAUCUCAAAGAUGUGCAUCAAGAGGCCCUGAGCUCUGCUGUGAUUGGCAUUGAUGAGGGCCAGUUUUUUCCAGAUAUUGCAGAGUUUUCUGAGGCAAUGGCCAAUGCAGGGAAGACAGUAAUUGUUGCGGCCCUUGACGGGACCUUCCAGAGGAAGGCCUUUGGGAACAUCUUGCAGCUGGUCCCCUUAGCAGAAAGUGUGGUGAAAUUAAAUGCGGUCUGUAUGGAGUGUUAUCGGGAGGCCUCUUACACGAAAAGACUGGGAAUAGAGAAGGAGGUAGAAGUGAUUGGAGGGGCAGAUAAAUAUCAUUCAGUCUGCCGCGUCUGUUACUUUAAGAAGCGAUCACACCAGCCACUGCCUGAGGACAAAGAGAACCUACCAGGAGGAAACAGAGGCUUAGAGAUAACCGUACCCAGGAAGGUCUUGGCUGCCCGUCAGAUCAUGCAGUGGAGCCCAUCAAACUGAAUGAAGUGGGAAGCAAGAUUUUAAUGGACUUAGCAGACUCACAGAAUUAAUGGUGAUGCAUAGGAAGCAGUUGCUCCAGGAAAAACGAGGCAGGCGCACAAUGCAGCAGGCUGGGGGUUUUCCUCAUUUAAGCAGAGGAUCCCUUCAGGAGCCUGUUGUCUUGAGAAACAGUUCCCUGUGUUGCUGUCUUUCUCUUGAUGAAUCUUGCCUUUUUACUUCUGGAUUUAACUGCCCCAACAGUAAAGAGCAGCUGGGCUUGCUAGCAGAACCUGUUUCAUAAUUAAAAACCGGGCAUGAAUUAUACUCCGACAUUCUAUCCUUUAAAGUUCCUCUUAAUUAAAUGAAUUUUUUUAAAGGUUUAACCCCUUUCUUUGGUAUGGGAUUCUUAAAUCGGAGUUAUCGAACUCCUUAUGAAGUGACCAGACUGAAUAAAAGCAUUUAUUUAUUGACUUCAUACGUGCAUCUCGCUAAUUCAAGUUAGAUAUUAUGGGAUAAAGUGUUCUGUGAUGUGACUAGUUCACAGUGCAUUCCUGUAAAGAAUUACUACAGUCCUUGACCCAUUGGUUUUAGGGGCAUUGACUAGAAUAGCUUUGUAUAAGAUGCACUGUUGGUGUCUACAUUCUUACAUAUAGUACAAUUUUGGUUAAAGUUCUGUCUUUAAUUUAUUCGGAUUGAACUGUUAGUGUCAGUUGCCUCUAUUAACAAAAAACGGGUUUUUUGCACCUGCUUCAGAGGAUACUUUUGCACUUUUAACUGUUGGUCCUCUGCUAGGAAUAUGGCGCUUUCUUUUUAAUAGUAACUAAGGCUGUGGGAUGUUUAUGGCUUGCCGGUGUUCAUAAUCUUAUUAAAUAAUUUAAAAAUA